AUGUCAGAGUCGGCGGAGCCCAACGGAGAAGCGAUGCGCGUCGACCCUGCGAGAGCCAAGGUGCUGGUCGAGAACCUGCAGUAUGUUGCGCAGAAAGUCGACGCUGUGAGAGGCAGCCGCAAUGUCAGACUCAUCGCCGUGUCGAAACUCAAACCUGCCACCGAUAUCCUUGCCCUCCAUGAAUCCGAGACGAAACACGCAGACUUUGGCGAGAACUACUCGGAUGAGUUGAUAGAAAAAGCAGGGCUGCUUCCAAAGUCGAUAAGAUGGCAUAUGAUAGGAGGGCUGCAGACAAACAAGUGCAAACCGCUUGCGUCGAAAGUGCCGAACUUGUGGUGUGUGAGCAGCGUGGACACGACCAAGAAAGCAAAUGAGCUGGAGAAGGGCAGGAAGACUUUGGCGGAGAAGGAGUCAUUGACUGAAAAGCUGAGGGUGCUGGUGCAAGUCAACACAUCUGGAGAGGAGAGCAAAAGUGGCGUAGAGCCCAAGGAAGCGACUCAGCUGUGCAAGCAUGUGCGAGAGCAGUGUCCGAGCCUGCAGCUGGCGGGCUUGAUGACCAUUGGUGCCAUUGCGCGGAGUCGGGAGGCAUCAAGUGCUGAAGCAAUGAACAAGGACUUUGUGACACUGCGGGAAACGAGGGACAAGGUGGCGGGCGAGCUUGGGAUGCAGACAUCUGAGCUGGCGCUGAGUAUGGGCAUGAGCUCCGACUUCGAGGCGGCGAUUGCGCAAGGGAGUGAUGAGGUGAGGGUGGGCACCACCAUCUUUGGCGAGCGACCGGCGAAGAAGGAUGCAAAGAUCCUGUGA